AUGUUGCCUAGGUCCGAAGCAUUUAAAUUACUUUCAAAUGAUGGGGAUUUUUUGUUGCGAUUGAGUAAACCAGAUGGAACAGAGAAGAUAAUAUUAUCUACAAUUCAGAAAGGGUCAGAAUUCAAUUUUGCAAUAAAGUAUUUCAAAAAAUUAACAAUAAUUACUACACAAACAAUCGAAGAUUUAAUGAAUCAACAAUUGAAAUGCAGCAAAAAAAUUUGGUGGAUUCAACACCUAACUCUUACUACUCCAAUAAAUAGACAUCCGUGGGAAUUAACUAAACAAAGUCUAAAAUUUGGGAUCGUUCUUGGAUCAGGAGCCUUUGGAGUAGUUCGAAAAGCUGAAUUAAAUGGGAAUAAAGUUGCAGUUAAAGAACAAAAUGAGAGUUUUAAGUUAUUACAAGAAGCAAUUUUGAUGCAAAAACUACAACACCAAAAUAUUGUUAAAUUUAUUGGAAUAACAUUGGAUGCUCUCCCAUUUAUGUUAGUUAUGGAGCUUUGCUUAAAUGGAAGUUUAUGUGAUUAUUUACAAUUAAAUUACACGGAUACUGGAACGAAAAUUAAAAUGUGUCUUGAUGUCGCGUCUGGACUGGCUCACAUGCAUAACAAAAAUAUUAUUCAUGUAGACGUUGCAGCUCGCAAUUGUUUGUAUUCCAACAAUCAAGUAAAGAUUGCUGAUUUUGGUUUAUCUCGAAUUUUACCGAUGGGAGUGGUUUUUGUUAAUAUUUUGGCCAAUGAGAAUCUGCCACUACGAUAUCUGGCACCACAAACCUAUCAAAAUAAAGUACUAGGAAAAACAACUGAUGUGUGGAGUUAUGGCGUGAUGACAUGGGAAAUUUUUGCCAAUUGCCAAACUCCUCCUUAUGCCAACAAUACCAAUAGUCAAGUUAAGAACCAAAUAUUAUCUGGAAAGAUAUUGGAAUUUAAUAGUUCAACUCCGAAGGAAUUUUCUCAAUUUGUAAUCAACAAAAUUUUCAACAAAAAUGUAACAGAAAGAGCUUCAAUGAAUGAAGUUGUUCUAGCAAUUGAAAACAUGAUUAAGGAUCGGGUUAAGAAAACAAAUAAAGAAAAGAAAGGGAAGAGAAAAGGAUAAAUUCUUUCUCCAAUUUUAAUUCCGAUUCUUACCUAAAUAUUUAUUUCAAAUCCUUAUUUCAUUAUUUAUCCCGAAUUCUUACUUCAUUAUUUAUCCCGAAUUCUUAUUUCAUUAUUUAUCCUAAUUCUUAACUCAUUGCCCUAUUUUCUUGACAUAUUCGUGUUUUUAUAU